UGCUAAAUUAGGCUCAACUGGUCGUGUUGUGGCAGUUAUUGGUGCCGUCGUAGACGUACAGUUCGAUGAGAAUUUACCGCCUAUUCUCAAUGCUUUGGAAGUGAAAGGCCGUACUCCGAGGUUAAUCCUUGAAAUCGCUCAACACCUCGGUGAAAAUACUGUGCGUACGAUUGCUAUGGAUGGUACAGAGGGUCUUGUUCGUGGUCAGCAGUGUGUUGAUACUGGUGGUCCUAUCCGUAUUCCUGUGGGACCGGAGACACUCGGUCGUAUUAUGAACGUCAUUGGAGAGCCGAUUGACGAAAGAGGGCCAAUCAACACUAAGAUGAUGUCAGGUAUUCAUCAAGAGGCCCCUGACUUCAUCGAAAUGAGUACUGAGCAAGAAAUCCUGGAGACAGGAAUUAAGGUAGUUGAUCUUCUGGCUCCAUAUGUGAAAGGAGGAAAGAUUGGUCUUUUUGGAGGCGCAGGCGUAGGCAAAACUGUGUUAAUUAUGGAACUUAUCAACAACAUUGCUAGAGCUCAUGGUGGUUACUCUGUGUUCGCAGGUGUAGGAGAGCGAACUAGAGAAGGUAAUGAUUUGUAUCACGAAAUGAUAACUACUGGUGUCAUUGACCUUAAGGGUAAUAAUUCCAAAGUGUCACUUGUUUAUGGACAAAUGAAUGAACCUCCUGGGGCUCGUGCUCGUGUCGCUUUAACAGGUCUAACUGUUGCAGAGUACUUCCGUGACCAAGAGGGUCAAGAUGUGUUGUUGUUUGUCGAUAAUAUUUUCAGAUUCACACAGGCUGGUUCUGAAGUGUCUGCAUUGCUGGGUCGUAUUCCUAGCGCUGUAGGUUACCAGCCAACUCUAGCUACUGACAUGGGUAGUAUGCAAGAACGGAUUACGUCCACCAAAAAGGGAUCAAUUACUUCAGUGCAGGCCAUUUAUGUCCCUGCAGAUGACUUAACCGAUCCUGCACCUGCUACUACAUUCGCUCAUUUAGACGCAACAACUGUCUUAAGUCGUGCGAUCGCUGAAUUGGGUAUUUAUCCGGCUGUUGACCCACUGGAUUCAAAUAGUCGUAUCCUGGAUCCUAAUAUUGUUGGAGAAGAACACUAUUCUGUUGCUCGUGGAGUGCAAAAGAUUUUGCAGGAAAAUCGCUCACUGCAAGAUAUCAUUGCUAUCUUGGGUAUGGAUGAACUGUCUGAAGAAGAUAGGCUAACAGUAUCUCGUGCUCGAAAGAUUCAAAGAUUUUUGAGUCAACCGUUCCAAGUUGCUGAAGUCUUUAUCGGACGUGAAGGGAAGUUGGUUUCAUUGAAAGAUUCAAUCAAAGGUUUCAAAAUGAUCAUCAACGGUGAAUUGGAUCACAUACCAGAAGCUGCCUUCUUCAUGGUCGGAGCAAUUGAAGAUGUAUUGGAAAAAGCAGAACAACUGGCUAAAGAAAGCUCGUGAUCUUGCCAGGCCCAAAGUUAUUAGUUAGCUGUACAUUUGAUAAAAAACAUAGAAUAUUUGACUUUAAGAAAUAGGAUUUUCCUUUUUACAUAUCUAUGGAAGUUCUUAAUUGUUGGAUGAGAUUCCCCGAUGACUUUGAGUGACUGAAAACAUUGAUCUGGUUUCUUUUACCAGCUAAUUAACUGAUUAGUCUUGUUCUGCUAAUAACGGGUGAUUCUGCUUUUCAAAAUGAAAGCUUUCCUCCGUGCUAAGACUCGUCUCAGAAGACAGUGGCUUCGAUUGUUUUUGUUUUCAAUAUCUGUGCGUGUUGUAUAUGCUUCUACUGCUUUCCUAGCCUGAUAGUGGGACUGAAUCCCAGUCAGGUGGUUGAAACAAAUGCCUACGCAGAUUUGUGCAUGAAACCCCAUCAGUUGUUCAGGUUGCGAAGCGGUAGUUAAGUGAUACGACUUUCACGAACAAGUUGAUUGAGUGUUUGAUUUAUAUGACGAGAAGGUAUAUUAUUACUAGUCUCCA